AUGGAGGCGAAUGCACAAUCCGGAGGUCAACGAGGUGGAGGAGGACGAGGGCGGGGGCGGGGAGGUUUUGGCAGAGGCGGCAGAGGAAAUUCUAGAGGUGGUUCCAGAGGUGGUAGAAAGCCAGAGAUGGGUCGCAAGGAGUAUCAUCGACAAGAACCAAAGAGAGAUCGGAACGAUGACGACCAAGCAUCAAAACGCAGAAAGACGGUACAUAAUGGAGAAUCAGAGCCAACAGCAUUUAGUACGGAGUUCACCAAGGAGGAAAUCGAAAGUGAAGUACGAAAACCAAAACAUAAAGUUGCCGUCAUGAUUGGCUAUGCAGGAACAGGAUACAAAGGCUUGCAAAUUAAUACCAAGGAGAAGACGAUUGAGGGUGACAUGUUCAAGGCUUUUGUUGCUGCCGGUGCGAUUUCGAAAGCUAAUGCAAAUGAUCCCAAGAAAUCCGCCUUGAUUCGAUGCGCGCGAACUGAUAAAGGCGUCCAUGCAGCUGGCAACGUUCUCUCCUUGAAACUCAUCAUCGAAGACCCGAAAGUUGUUGAAAACAUCAAUUCCCACUUACCAGAUCAAAUUCGAGUCUGGGGUAUCGAAAGAACUACUGGAUCUUUCAAUUGCUACCAAAUGUGCGAUUCACGGUGGUACGAAUACUUAAUCCCAACCUACUCAUUCAUCCCACCUCAUCCUAAGAGUUUCCUUGGAAAGGAGUUGCUUCAGGCCGCUGAGAAAGAAGGCGUUUUGGAGAAUCACAAUAAACUUCAAGAAGAUGCUGCAUCGUUUUGGAUCGACGCCGAGAAGGAAUUUGUACAACCCAUUCUGGACAAUUUGGACCCCCAAUUAGCAGCGGAUGUUAUGGAAGCUAUUCAUGCUGCUGAGGAAUCCAAUGAGCCAAUCGGAAAGAACAUCAAGAAGAAUAAAGCAGAAGCCAAGGAGGACUCUGAAAUCAAGGAAGAAGUCAAUGAACAGACUCAAGAAGAACCUGCAACAAAUACUGAAGCAGAAACUGGUGACGGAUCAGUACUUAAAGAACCCGUAGCAGUUGAAGUUACAGGAGAGACGAAAGCGGAGGACUCAGAAGCCAUGCAAGGCGUUAAAACCGCUGAGGAAUCAAAAGCAAAGGAUGAAGCUGAUCAAGAUGAAGAAGUCAAGCCAGAAGCAGAUGGAGCUCAAGAAAUUUCGAAAUCGAUUCUUACACCACUGGAGAAAGCUGUCAAAGAAGUAAAAGCAGCCUACAUCAAAGCCAAGAAAGCAUAUCGCAUACACGAAUCUCGUAGAGAACGAGUACAAGAAGCUCUCAACCAAUAUGUCGGCACUCAUAAUUAUCACAACUAUACCAUUCUCAAAAGCUUUAAAGAUGCCUCUUCCAAAAGACACAUCAAAUCUUUCAAGAUUGGAGCCCAACCUAUCAUCAUUCACGAUACAGAAUGGCUUUCACUAAAAGUCCAUGGUCAAUCAUUCAUGAUGCAUCAAAUUCGAAAAAUGGUAGCCAUGGCAGCAUUAGUGGUACGAUGCGCUUCGCCAAUGGAGCUCAUCAAGGAAACUUAUACUGCUGCUAAAAUUAGUAUACCAAAAGCCCCAAGUUUGGGUUUACUAUUAGAAGCCCCAGUUUUCCACAAUUAUAAUGAGAAAAUUGCGAAGGAUUUUGACAGGGAGAAGAUAGACUUUGAAAAGUAUAGAGAGAAGAUGGAUGAGUUCAAGCAGAGAGAGAUCUAUGAUAGAAUUUUCAGGGUGGAGAAUGCUGAAAAUCAAUUUCAUACAUUCUUUCAUCAUUUAGAUCAUCAUCGAAGCGAUUACUUCUUGUGGCUGACAGCGUCAGGCAUUUCUGCUGGUAGACAGCGUGGUGCAGGAAAGGAUGUUCUAGAUGCUAGUGAUGAUGAGGCUGAUGUCAACGGUGAGGAAGGUUGA